AUUUUGAAGGCAACGUGUUGUAGAAAUUAAAUCUUGUUACCAGAAAUAGAAAACGCACAAAGUUAUUUCAACACUUGUAAGAAGUGCAGGUGAAUUUUCGGGAAGAUACGAAUAACAAAAAGGACAGUCGGAAACACACCCGAUCCCUUCCCACGUUCAUAACAGAACGGUUUGAAGGCAUUAACCAAUCAGGAAACGGGAAAAGGGGAGUCUGCGCUGCGCGUGCACAGCGCGUGGCCGCCAAAGCACGGGACUAUAGUGUGGUGCGUGCUUGUCCAACAUGGCUACGCUGCACAACGGAGUGGUGGAAACAAGCGUCCAUCUCCAGAACGGUCCGCAGUCCCCACCCGAUCAGUCAGUGCCGAUGAAAGAUCACGACACCAUCAAACUGUUUAUCGGGCAGAUACCGCGCAAUCUGGAUGAGAAGGAUCUGAAACCGUUAUUCGAACAAUUCGGCAAGAUAUACGAAUUGACGGUUCUCAAAGACAAGUACACGGGCAUGCAUAAAGGGUGUGCCUUUUUAACCUACUGUGCUAGAGAAAGUGCUAUCAAGGCUCAGAACGCUCUCCACGAACAGAAGACAUUACCAGGGAUGAACCGUCCAAUACAAGUGAAACCUGCCGACAGUGAGAACAGAGGAGGUAAGAAAUACUUUGUCAAAUAUAAAAUUUCUUAUUUUACAAUAUUGUUAUUAUUAUAUUUUUUUCCUAGUUAAGAAUAACAAAUUCUUUGCUUUCUAAGAAUCAACAUUCGAAACUUCUUUAGACGUUGCCCAGUCCAUAAAUUAAUUUUAUGCAUCCGUCUUUUUUUAAGAGCGGAACGUCUCUCCCAUAAUCGUUAAUGUGAAAAUUAAUUGAACAGAUCAACCAUAAAUUAUAUACAUCAGAAAAUUUCGCGACUUCAACCUAAUAACGAAUGACUAAUGAAAACCAUGAACAUUUAGGUUCUAUUAAUAAAUAUAAUACUUUUUUCUAAUUAGACAAAGGGGAAGAAGAAGGAAAAAAAAAACUUAGUUUUUGAAGUUUAAGUAAUAACGGGAUCAUUUAGUACUACCAAAUGCAGAUUCGAUUUGCAAUUUAUGUAGAUAUAUACUCGCUACUAACGAUGGCAGGAUUUUCAUAAUAAUGAGUGCUGGCAAUGUAACCUGAAUUUGAACGUGGUCGGGUUACUUAGGUUUUCAGUAAUUAUUUCUAGGAAAAGUGUGUCUAUGUGCUGUAAUUAAAUUAUAAAGUUACGGACUGAGCUACGUGGCAUAUAUAUGUACAGAAAACAAACCCAUCGAUCAAACGACUAGUCAAUAAUCCUUCCCCUUUCUGCUUAACAAGAGUUGAAUGUUAUGUCCGUGUGGCAGAGUGAACCUCAACGUGUCUGCAUGAGCAUCGCUACUGUCUGCUUAAUUACCAAAAUGUAACUGGUAAUUAUGUGACGUACAUGUUCUGACUGGUGGAUUUGUCUCUAUACAGCUAAAGGGCAGGGCAAAACACCGAAAUUUUGCGAUUCUCACAAAAAUCUAUUGGUCUGUACGUUUAUUUUCCAACCGAAACGAUUUUAUUAGUUAGUUUGAGUGUAAUAAUGAUUUUUCACUUAUUUAAUUGACAGUUUCAAAGCUUAGAUUCUUAUCUGAAACACGCAUAUAUAGUCUACUUAAUUAACGCAUUUGGGAGAGCGAAAGACCUAAUAUCAUUAACGUGAAUGUCUAUCGCGCGAGUUUGUUCAUAUUUAAAUUAUCUUUAAAUUUUGACGUUAAAUUAUUAUUAUAAAGUUUCAUUUUGUAAUUUCAAAUUCCAUUUUAUAAGCGCGUAUUAUUAUUAUAUUUUUUAAAAAUAAAAAGUAAUAUAAUUUUUAAACAAUUUCUAUAAAUUAUGCAUCGCCCGUGAUGAUAAUCGCAUUGAAGAAGUAUGCAACACGUUACAAAUAAAAAAAAGAAACUUAAAUUGUGAAAUAAUACGAACGUUUACUCCAAGUUUAUAAAGAUAGACAUUUAAAAGCUUCAACCAUAUCGAAAUGAGUGUAAGAAGAUGAGAAUUCGCGUAAUAAUCUAACAGCAUUCGAGAAAAGAAUAAAAUAAAAAUAAAUAAAACCGUUAUGCAAAUGAUACAAUUUUAAAAAUAAAACGUUGGCAAUUUCAGUAAGUUUGGUCUCGUUUCUCAUGUUAAAAAGUGAAAAGAAAUUGAAAAGUCUGAAUCGUUCUUAAACGAAACAUUGAACAACCAGCUUAACCCCAAAAAUACGAAAGAGGUAAAGGAGAAAUGCGUUGGAGUAUUUGCUUAUCUCGUCUCAUUUGCAUAAUCCAGAAACGAGUCUGCUCCGUAACGUAUUGGCUUGGCUCGUCACGGAAAGUAAUCGCCCACCAUUUGCAUGUUUCGUAAAUUUUGUUUGCAUCAAACCUUUCCUAAAUUGCUCCCGGAGCGAGUGGAGACGUGAUGCACAUUCCGAACUUUUCUCUUAUAACUCGGAAGGGGCAAAAACUCCCGAAAGAUCUAAGAUUUCCUAGUCAUACCAUUUCCAUCCCAACUAUCGCUGCCA